AGAGUGGGUCUUUCAGUGAUUUUUACGUAAAUAAACACGUUUUUUGUGUCUAUUUUUCUCCACAAAAUGAUUUUUUUGUUUAGUUGUGAUCAUAGAAAAAUGGAUUCAUGCUUCAAAACGACACAUUCAUAGAAAGAGAGAGGCGCUCUGGCACCUCCUCCGCGUGAUGUGACAGUACGACUCCGCCGUCCCCUCCUCCUCUUCCUCCGUCUCCUUCCCACUCGCCUCCACAUCUCUUCAUCACUCCGUCUGAUCCGCUCCUCCUCCCUCGGUCUCUCGCUUCAUGGUCUCAUCCUUCUCGCUCCUCAUCUCUGAACGACGACAUGCUCCCCACGUGAAGUCCGCCAACUUGCAGGAUCAGUGGAUUCCCGGUGAAGGAGCGGCGCAGACAGAUGCUCUGACGAGGAAUAACAAGAGAAAAAAGAAAGAAGGAGGAAGAAAAACACCACGCGCGCGCGCACGUUGGCUUCUUGAGUGCCUUGGUUUAACAGAGCAACAGCAUGGAUCUGUCAUUCAUGGCCGCGCAGAUCCCCGUCAUGACAGGAGCCUUCAUGGACUCCUCGCCUAACGACGACUACAGCGGGGAACACUCGCUUUUCAACUCGUCUGCCAGCGUGAACGCCGCAGCCUCAGCCGCCUCCGUCCACGGCCAGCAGGACGAGCAGCAGUCCGUGUCGAGUGACGCCAUCUGGCUCUGGAUCGCUAUCAUCGCCACCAUUGGGAACAUAGUGGUGGUGGGCAUUGUUUACGCCUGCACUUUCUGAUAAACAAACUGAGACAAGCAUCCUCCAGAUUUCUCUUUCUUUAUUUUUUUGUGUCUGGAAAACUGAUGGAGACUGUAAGCAGACACACGUCCCCUGUGUUUAUCUCUUCCUCCCCCUCUCACUCAUUGUUUUGGAUGAUUUAGGGCCCCCCAGGGGUGUUUGAAUUCUGCUACUCGACAAUGACAGAUAUUCUACCAUGUUUCUCAGUCAAACAGGAAGUUCACACUCUGUCUACAUUUGUCUUUGACAGGCUCUCUUGAAUGCGCCGGCGUGCACUGCAGCCCUUCAGUUAAACGCAGAGAAAACAAACCGCUUAUCUGAAGAAUCUUCUUAUAGGUUCAGUUCAUUUUCCCGUUUCCCUCCAAAAACCCCACGCACUUGUUUUGUAGGUAUGGACAAUCGAGGUUAAAUGAGGCUUAAGACUCCAGCUGAAGCAGGUCAGUUUAAACAUGCAGAUAGUUGCAGUUUAAGGCUGAGCUGCUUCAUUACUCAACAGAGUGAAUGUUUCCAUAUUUAUAAAGUACUGGUGUUAUUUCCAUGCUGUAGCCAAGGACGUCUAUGCUCAUCUAUGUAGCUAAAUCCUGGUAUCAGAACUGAUUCUGUGUGUAAAAAUGUUUUUUUUUCUUUAGAUAUUUCAGUGUCUUGAAGAAAAGAGGACAGAGUGGUAACUAAACUACCUUAAAAUCCUUUAGAUUUUUCCUACACUGCCAGCUUCUUCAGAGAAAUACUGAACGCUUUAUGAUUCUCCGCAUAAAUUAUUUGCGAUAUCCUGACUAGUGGGAUUACAGAAUGAGCCAUAUUGUUGUGGUAUGAUGUGUUGAUUUCUAAAAAGGUAUGAACAAGAGUAUGAGAAGCACAACUUUGAAGCUCAUGUAGCCACCUUUCAUUUUGGGUUAUUUUGUCCUUUAUUUAAUGUACCUGGAACUUGUAAACUUCUCUGUAAAAUGAAACACCAUAGGAGUUUGUCAAGAACUGACAUAUCAGACUCUAGUGAACGUUGUGAUAAUUGUGAGCUAAUGUCAAUAUCCAGACUUAGAGGUACAUUUUUGGUGCGAAUUGUUCAGUUUUGAGUCGUGCAUUCAGACUUCAGUACCUCGCAUCAUGGGGGCAGAUCAGUUUUCAUGAGUGUUGUUUGAAAACAUUGACUGUAUAUAAGCACUGGACUUGGUGACCCCCCUUGCAGGAUGUACCUGCCGGCUCCAAGAAACCAAAAUCUAAUUGACUUUGAUCGAGAAAUAAUCUGCUAUUACCAUAUUUAUUACCAUAUAAAAUGUUUUUUUUCUAUUAUUAUUCAUAGUUUGGCCAAAGGUGUGACUUAGACUCAGGAGUGACUUAUAUCUGAGUAAUUUUUAACAUAUAUAAGCUCAUAUAUUUGUGAUUUUCCCACUAACAACCACUAGAGGGCUUUGUAGGUGAGUGUAUUGUCUACUGACAAUGACGCUGAAGAAGAAGUGCUGUCCAAAACAAACAAGGAGAAGAAUCUGCAUUGUUAUUUGCAUUGGGAAAUUAUUAUUUUUGUUUUUAUUUUUUCCUUUCUUUGAGUAAUUCAGGACAGCAAUUCAUCCAACUGGGUUACAGAGACAGAGGUAACACUAAAAGCAACAUCAUUCAGACAAAGCUCCUGCAUUUAAGAAGGUAGAAAUUGCACUUUAAAAUAAAUAAUUCUCUAUGACCUCAUAAACCCAGACAUGCUUUUCAAAACAAAUCAACUUGAUUGCUUAACAUUUGUGACUUCCAUGCAUUGUAAAUGCAGAUAUAAGGUCAAUAGGUGCGUUUUCAAUGACUUACGCCUCACCUGGAUCGUCGGCGAGACCAGGUGGGGGCGGGAAAAGGCGCCGGAGAUGAAGGCGAACGCCGAGCUGCAGCGAGACUAAACGAGAACAGGAAGUCGGGUUUGUUCCUUAACAUUCAGUUGCAAAAUACACAGAUUUCCUUCAUUUAGCGGUAGUCAUUUCCGAUCAGCAUCCCGUCAAACAAAAGAACUGACAGGACACCGUUUCCCACAAUGCAUUGCUUUGUAGUCAUCAAGGCAGCUUGUAGUCAGCGCCGUGCCAGAUUUCCAGUUGCACUUACCUGGGUAGGCACCUUGGACCCGCCCCUUUCUCUCAAUAUUUUUAUGAUGAUUGAGCAAAAACUACCCAACAUGCACUGCAAUCCAGGCAAUCUGUGCAACGCUGCGUCUCAAACACACCUAAUGCUUCUAUGUAGUGAUGAGGCUAACAACUGUUAACUGUAGCUUAGCAUGUGACGGCGGCGUCUCGUUUAUGAACACAUUUUUGGACAAGCAUUGAGCAUCAGAUUUGAAAAAGAUUCAAAUUUGAUGUGACCGUAGCAUUGCAUUUUUCAGUAGUUUGGACUUUACUCCAUAAAGCUUUUCAUAUAUGUUGUUUUUUCUCUUUAUUAUGCAUUUUUUGGGUGAUGUGACUUAUACUUUGGGGCAAUUUAUAUUUCAUUAAAAAAAGAGUACUCAGUCAUUAUAUAACUAUUUUUGUUCUGCCUCCUUUUUUAACAUGUUCUUGCCGAUUCCAAUUUUGACAGUAUUUUUUCUGUAGUACAAUUUAUUCAAGUUUUAAAAUGACCAAUCAGAACGCUCAAUAAAAGUAGGUGGUUCCUGCUGGUUCAAAUAUAGGAACGUCUGCAUUGUGAAAAAUAGCGACCCUCACAGUCACCCUCACUCGGUCCAGUUCUCUUAUACAGUUAAUGUGUGAAACCUCCAUAAGAAACCCAAAAGGCCAUAAAACGACAUAAAUCUCUUUGACGCAGAUUCACAGAUUUAGCCAUUUUCAUUUACAACAAGUCAAGCACUUUAUUUUUUUUCCAGAUGAAGGUAUUAAUCUGAAUUACAAAAUGAAAUAACCCAUCUGUCAUACAAUUUCAAACAUAAGCAAUGUUUGAGGUGGAUUUUCAUCAUUAAAACAACUUCUAAUUUAGCAUGACUGUGAUAUUAAAUGACUAUGUUAACCAAUUAUGAUGUUUUUUACUCAUGUGAACAGAGUGUUACCUCUUGGGAGCCAAUAGCAGGGCUCUGUUAGUAACCAUGAAACACAGCAGCAGGUAGCAGUCACACUACGUGAGCUAAAAACUAAAUCUCAAGGUUUGCAGGAUUUGCUGUAGGCAGCUUUCACUGAACUAAAAAUUUCCUGCAGUAACUGGGUCAUUGUAACUUUAAGCUUUACUUAUUUAUUAAACUAAAGCCAAAAUAAGCUAGCUGAUAUCUGUGCUUUGCUCAAGCAGGAUCUUAUUGAACAUACUGGUGGAUUAUGAAAUCAAUAUUUUAUUUUUAAAGGUUUUGUCUGUCAAGUCUUUACUAAAGAUUAAACAGAAAGAAAUGCCUCUCCUUAGAAAUCACCCAUAUCCUAUAAAGUUGUCUUGGAACACACCAUACUUGUAAAAUGUUCAUACUCUGAAUCAAAUCAUGUAAAAAGCAUUUCACACCCACAACAAUCUGUUGUUAUGAGUGUACUUUUACAUUGUUUAAAGGACUCUUAAAGGCUGGUAUUUUUAAUAAAUGGUUGAUGUAGAAAUAUUUAACCACAUAAACAAUGGUCCUUUUGUAAAGACAUACUAUAUGAUUAAAAUUUCUGUAUUAACGCAAA